CAGAGAUGAGAAAGCAGAUUACAACAGUCCCUCAUCCUCUUCCUUCGCCAAAGCGAGUUCUUCUUCUCCGGCAAUCGAGUCAUCGGAAUCGGAAAACUCACCUGUCCCGCAGGUGGCCCUGACAGUACCAACGACUGACGACCCAACUCUGCCUGUGUUAACCUUCCGAAUGUGGGUGCUGGGGACACUGUCAUGCGUACUCUUGUCGUUCCUGAACCAAUUCUUCUGGUACAGAACAGAGCCACUCACCAUCACCGCCAUAUCGGCUCAGAUUGCAGUGGUUCCCCUGGGCCAUCUCAUGGCAUCCACUCUUACUGACAGGGUCUUCUUCAAGGAGAGUCGCUGGGAGUUCACUCUCAACCCAGGGCCUUUUAAUGUCAAAGAACAUGUCCUUAUUACCAUUUUUGCUAAUUCAGGUGCUGGGACUGUUUAUGCCAUUCACAUCGUUACUGCUGUUAAGGUAUUCUACAAGGAGAAAUUCACUUUCCUUGUUUCCAUAAUCGUCGUCAUAACCACCCAGGUGUUGGGUUUUGGUUGGGCGGGCAUAUUCCGUCGAUACCUGGUGGAACCGGCAGCUAUGUGGUGGCCGGCGAAUCUGGUUCAGGUCUCCUUAUUCAGAGCUUUACAUGAGAAAGAAGACACCCCCAAGGGCCGGUUGACGCGUAACCAAUUCUUCUUGAUUGCCUUCAUGUGUAGUUUUGCUUAUUAUAUCUUUCCUGGUUACCUAUUCCCUAUGUCAACCUCCAUGUCUUGGGUCUGCUGGGCCUUUCCUAAGUCUGUUCUCGCCAACCAACUGGGCUCUGGCCUUCAAGGUCUGGGCAUUGGUGCUAUGGCCUUUGAUUGGUCCACCGCCUCAUCAUACCUUGGCAGUCCACUUGGGAGCCCUUGGUUUGCUACAGCCAACAUUGCCGUUGGCUUCCUCAUCCUCAUGUACCUCAUCGUCCCUGUUUCCUACUGGCUCAACAUCUACCAUGCCAAGACCUUCCCCAUCUUCUCCAGCCAUCUCUUCACCUCUUCUGGUCAAACCUACAACAUCUCUUCUAUCAACAACUCUAAAUUCCAAAUUGAUCUCAACGCCUACAAGCAGAACGGCCCUCUUUACAUCAGCACCUUCUUUGCCAUUAGCUAUGGUGUUGGCUUCGCUGCCCUCACCGCCACUAUUGUUCACGUUCUUUUCUUCCAUGGAAGGGAAAUAUUGGAGCUAAGCAAAUCAGGCUUAUUGAAGGAGAAGAGGAAGAUGGACAUACACACAAGGCUUAUGAGUAAGUAUAAGCAAGUGCCCCAAUGGUGGUUCAUCUGCAUCCUCCUCUUCAACAUUGUUGCAACUCUCUUCGCUUGUCAGUACUACAACGACCAACUUCAGUUACCAUGGUGGGGAGUCUUACUAGCUUGUUUCCUUGCCUUUAUCUUCACUCUCCCAAUUGGCAUCAUCUAUGCCACCACAAACCAGCAACCAGGGUUGAACAUCAUUACUGAGUAUAUCAUAGGGUACAUGUACCCAGGGCGUCCUGUUGCCAACAUGUGCUUCAAGGUGUAUGGAUAUAUCAGCAUGACUCAAGCCAUCACUUUUCUGCAAGAUUUCAAGCUUGGUCAGUACAUGAAGAUUCCUCCCAAAUCAAUGUUCAUGGCCCAGGUUGUGGGAACCUUGCUAUCUUGUUUGGUCUACUUGGGAACUGCAUGGUGGCUAAUGACUUCCAUCCCAAACAUCUGUGAUACUUCCCUGCUGCCCCCCAAUAGCCCAUGGACCUGUCCAAAUGACCGUGUAUUUUACGAUGCAUCUGUCAUCUGGGGACUGAUUGGCCCUCGCAGAUUUUUCGGGGACCUCGGUACACAUUCAGCUGUCAAUUGGUUCUUCCUAGGUGGAGCCAUUGCCCCAGUUCUUGUUUGGGUUGCACACAAAGCCUUCCCUCAGCAGAAAUGGAUCCGCCUCAUCAACAUGCCAAUCCUAUUAAGUGCAACAGGAAUGAUGCCACCUGCCAGCGCUAUCAACUUUAGCACCUGGCUACUUCUUGCGUUCCUCUCUGGCUUCAUCCUCUAUAGAUACCGACAAAAUUGGUGGCAACGCCACAAUUAUAUUCUCUCAGGGGCUCUAGAUGCUGGCCUGGCUUUUAUGGGUGUGCUCCUAUUUCUGUGCUUAGGACUGAAGGGAAUCAGCAUUAAUUGGUGGGGAACCAACAUAGAUGGCUGCCCUUUAGCUUCUUGCCCAACCGCCGAAGGAGUGAUUGUUGAUAAUUGCCCGGUCUUCUGACUUGAAUUUGCAAAGGCUAAACACUCGUUUGGAUGUAAA